AUGGAGUUGCCCAAGAUCACGGGUUUCCUGUGGUUCUACCUUGGUCUCCUGUUGGCUUUUGGUCAAAUCUUGACAGUCCAGGGACAAGGCAACGGAGGGGAAUGGGAGCUACCAGCUGAGCCGGCACUCGCAGCGGAUGGUCUUCAGAUCAAGCUUGACCGUGACCUGUACAAGAAGCAAGGCUCAAUUGUCUACGCCAGUCAUCUCCAUUUUGACGAGACGCCCGACAUUUCGGACAGCCAAUUAUACAAGAUUGCUAGGGAUGCCUACAAUGAGAUGAGGAGCAGCGCUACGAAGAACGGCCUUACAGAAAAGAUCCCGAAUGUCAUGACAACCCUCCUUAUUGGCAACGAACUCAUCUUUGCGUCGUCGGCAAAAGGCCCAAAGGACCCUUAUGAUCCAGAGGACCAGGUUGUGGGCGACCUGACAGUUUGCUCCAACGCGAAUGAGGGCAGGCGUCACAAGAAUGGAGGAAGGUGCGGUGAGGUAAUGGCCUUUCACGAGUGGUACCAGACCCAUGAGGGUUCUUCACGCUUGAACGCAGACAGUGGCGCAAAGGUUGUCGCAAUUUCCAUGCAGAAGAAUCCCGCUGGAAAGAGGGAACCUCUUAUCCUGGCUCCCUGUGGCAACGACAAAGAAUGGGGCUGCAACGUUUUCAUCAACGGCGUAUACGCAUUGGAUAAUGCCAAGGUUGCCGCGGAUCCUCGCACGCAAGCGUUUCGAUACAAGAACAUGAUCAAGGAAAAGAAGCUUAAGCCGGCGCCCCCCAAGCCAGCCCAACCACUCCCACCUCCCAACAAGUUGCCGCCGCCCCCGAGCCGGCCGAAUGAGAGGCCGAGUGGAAGCAAGCCUGGCCCGCCGCCCAACAAGUUGCCGCCGCCCCCUGGCAGGCCGAAUCCCGCGCCGGGUGGAAGUCUAAGCAGCCCAGAAAACACUGGCAAGCCUCCCAAGAAUCCCAAGAAUCCCAGGCCGCCGAAGGGCCCUGGGAAGCCAAAGAGGCCUUGA